AUGGCCCAACCCAACAUUAUCGAUGUUGAGCUAUUGACGGAACAUCUCGGAUACGCGCCCAUUUCGCUCCUCGACAGUAUUAUCAACAAUGUGAAUGCGGUAGCCGACAAGACGCUCGAUCGCGUCGAGCAAGGUCUUUCAAAUGCCUCACCAAAGUCUCUGGGCUUCGAAAAAGCACUGAAGCAGAAGAAGAAAGCGAACCCGCACGCAGAACUACCCAGCAUCGAAGAGACUUCAAAGCUCGAAAUUAUGGAUGGCGUCCACAAGCUCGAGACCCUGCUAUGCGCCGCCAUCGACAAGAAUUUCGACAAAUACGAGUUGUAUGUGAUGAAGAACAUCCUGGGUAUCCAACCCGUUCAACGCAAUUGGAUGCGCCUAGCACACCACCACGGUCUAGACUUCACGGCAGGUGCGCACGAGGAUGCACCUACGAGAGAGGGCGUGGACGCUCUGAGGCGGAAGCUGCAGGCUAGCCAACGGCUGAAUGUAAUGCUUCAGUCAGAACAGGCGAAGAACGCAGCGCUCUUAGCAAAGCUCAAAGAUGUCGUCGGCGGUAAGCCCGCUGGUGCCAGGACAUCGCUGGGAGCCGUAGAGAUCAAGGUGGAAGCAGCAGACGACAAGGCACCGUUCCAGUUCUUGCAUAAUAAGGGCGAUUUGACGGAGGGCGAUGCGAAAACGCCGAUAACUACGACAACGGCUUUUAACUUGUCGCAGCUGCAGGCGCUGCGAGCCCUGUCGACUUCCUUACGAAACAUCAUGCCCGAUCUCAAGGAUCCAUCGAGUACCGAGGACGGCCCGGAAAACAAUAAGAGCUGGAGAAGGGAGAGACUCGAGUAUGUCGAAGGCGAGACAAGGAAACAUCUCGAGAACGUCAGGGGUCUUGAGCUAGGCAAAGAUGGAGAAGUGCGAGAUGGUGAAUGGCAAGGCGAGGGCAGAAAGUUUGCCAAGGGUGAGGUCGAAGGGUUGGAAAGCGUGGUCGCUGCUCUCGGGGGAGCCUCUGGGGAAAAUGCUGCACAAGAUUCUGACGCCAUGGAUGAAUCAUGA